AUGUUGUCAUCCCGAGCAAACACCCGCAGGGCUACAGCGGACGUCCCACCUCCCUCUUCCAGCCGGGCAUCUCGCUCCCGAAUUUCGCUCAACGUCCAACAUACCGAGCCCGAAGAAGGGGACACCGAGAACGAAGAUAACGCAGAGGACGACGACGACGAUGUCGACGCACUCACGCCUGAGCCGGGACCAUCUCGUGCCCCACCUGUGCGUAGGGGUCGGGGACGGCCUCGAGGGAGUAGAGGCAGAGGCAGAGGAGGUGGAGGAGGGAGGAUGUCGCGAGAAAGGACGCGUACGGGGACUGCAGAUGAGGAGGGGGAUGGGGGAAGAGGGGUGAGGCUGAGGAAGAGCGUUAGCUAUGCCGAGAUAGGCGCUGGGGAGGAGGAGGACGAGGAGAUGGAUGAUGAGGCGGGUGCGGAAGAGGUGGAACCUGAAGCGCCUGGAAUACCGCGUCGACGAGCUCGGACAUCCGAACAGCCCGCCGGCUCGCCCUCCAAGCGCGAAUUUGAGCGGGUCGGGUCCGGCCGAGGUGGAUUCUCCGUCAAAGGCGCAGCGUCCGCUGCGGCCCGUGCGAGAUGGGCGAAAUACCGCAGUGAAAAAGCGGACGAGUCGGACGAUGGCGAGCGGCGCGUGAAGCGCGGAGCGGGCGGGAUACGCGUCGCCAAGGGCGAUAAUCGGUCGGCGGCGGAGAAGAUUGCAGAGGGGACGGUACUGGAGAUUAAGGGGAAGGAGUAUACGGUCGGGGAUGAUGAGGUCAUUCUGGAGGAUGAUGAGAAGGGGGAUGGGAAGGUUGAUGCGGAUGGGAGACUCUUGGGUGAUCGCGAGUAUCGCCUUGUCACCUUUACCUCGGUUUCCCGCAAGAACCCAAAUCGGAUCUACGCGCUCACUAUCGACGCCGCUCGCGCGUGCGGGUACUCCGACUCGCUCGCUUUCCUCCGGCGCUGCCCCCAGAUCCUCAAGCUGGCGUGUAUGGCGGAUGAGCGGCAGAUGCUCAUCGAUAUCGGAAGGGUGACGGGAAAUCUCAAGAAUCGGAUGGUGACCAUGGUGUCUAUGCGGAAUGUCUACAAGUUGAUGGGUGCUCGUGUCGUCAAAAACGGAAAAUGGGUAGCGGACGACUACUAUGAAGACAAAGCCAUGGCCGACUGCCUCGAGAAUGGCUUCACCCCAUUCGCCGAUGUACACGAGGACGAAAUCCUCUCGAACGCGAUGGCCAACAUGCAGCCUGUCGGCCGGCAACCCGGAUUUGGGGCCAACGAGGCUGGUGGCGGCGGGCCGGUCCACCGAUCGGUCCUCUCCCUUGCUCCAACGUAUACCCUCGGCGGACCGACGACCCAUUUCGCAGGCAGCGGCAUCGAUCCGUGGUCUGAAGCAGGAUGGGGGAAUGGGAAUAAGCGCCAGAAACUCAAGAGUCUGGGCGUGAGUGAGGAGGACUGGAUGUAUCGGACGGCAUUGGAGACGAGGGGGGUGGAUGAGCAGCUCAAGGAGUAUAGGGAGGAGAGGCUGGGGAGGCUGCACGGCCCGGAUUUGAAGGGAUGGGUGUGGAGUUGUCAGAAGAUUGCGGAUGGGGACUCCGGGAAGCGAGAACAGGAGGUCGGGGACGAGAAGGGGAAGGCGGAGAGGGAACCCACGGCGGAAUGGCUGAGACCGCCGAUGCCCGAAAGACGGGCAAGUGGGCUGAGUCAUGAGGUCAUUCCGGAGGAUAUGGCGGUGGAUGGGGUGGAGUCGGUGUUGCAGGUCGAGACGCCAGCGGAUGUGGACAUGGGGGAGCCAGAGGGAGUGAAGCAGCAAGGAGAGGGAGAAAUAAUCAUCGAGACGGAGGCGGAAGCAGCGGAAAGGAGAGCGAAGUUGGCGUCAAGCGCAGGAAGCUGGGAGCCGGGAGUUGUACGAGCCGUCAUCGAGCCCCACACCCACACCCCUCAUGUCCCACUGCACACUCAACCCUGUUAUUCCACCUUUGCACGCCUAUCGCACAACCCCCUCAUCGCCUCCCUUCCUGACAAAACCUAUCAGCAUCAUAUCCAGUCCAGCCUGUCUGGCCGGGCUGCCAAGGGGCUUGCGAGUGUCGAAUUCGUCUUUGAGCCUCGAAGUGAGGCAGGGGAAGGGGAACAUGCGAUGCGGAUGCGGAUGGUCAGGGAGGCGGAAGAGUGGGAGCGGGAGAUGAGGGCCAGAAAGGCGGUAGCUGCGGCGGAGGCGUAA